GCGUACAACGUGAAAGCUAACAAGAAGAAGAAGAGGAAAAUUUCUCGUCGAUGGAAAGAUGUACUUUUCAUCGUCGUCUUAACUGCAAAAUUCUCGAGUUGAAGUCCGCUGAGGCGAAAUUAUCAAAAGUUGUCCGUUUUUAAGCGUUGUGCCAUCGUCGAAGAACCAGGUCGAGAAGCGCAAGUGGUCCAAAUUGUCGCGAGGAGCAAGCAAUUGGUGUCCGUGGUUGCUGUCAAAACUGAAGAAAGCGAGUGGUUCCGCGACAGUGCUCGUGACGUGAUAAAGAAAAGUUUUCGAGACUUUGGAGAAAGAGUGGAAUCUCGCCGAGAAAGGGAUUCGUGGGACCGUUUGACCAGGUUGCUUGGCCGAGUGAUUUCCAUGCCUAGCGAGCGUCCAACCACCUGAAGAUGAUCAACUUUGAAGACUCGACGACGUCCGGCCAGGAUGCGGCCGAGAAACCCUUGAAAGACUGGUGCGCCAAGUUCGAGGCAGGACUGUUGACCAGUCCCGAAAUGAAGAAGUUCUUCUCGGAGAAUGCGCCACUUUACGCCGAACUGGAAGCUGACGGGGAUUCUGUUCGCUAUGUUUACAACGAAUCAACUGCAAAGACCAAAAUAAUCGAGCCACUUAUCGAAUUCAUAUGUGGUAACGAUCCGCAACGGUUAAUAGAAAAGCUAAAAUCCGAAAGCAAUGCCCCAUCAGUGUGCGGUAAAGUAUUUCGAAUUGGCGAACCAACAUAUAGCUGCCGUGGAUGUGGUAUGGAUUCAACAUGUGUUCUAUGUGUAAAUUGUUUUAAACAGUCAGCGCAUAGAUAUCACAAAUAUAAAAUGUCCACAUCGGGCGGCGGUGGCUGUUGCGAUUGUGGCGAUGUGGAGGCUUGGAAGAAGGAUCCAUACUGCGAGGAACAUAUACGUGGAAUGAGAAAACCGCCAAAAAAUUCAAUCAUUACCAAUAGAAUGAGAGAACGUUGUGAUAUUGCUUUUCGCGCCAUACUUAUGUACUGUGUCAAGUUUUUGGAGAUUGAAUCUCAUGCUAGUCUUGAAUGUUUGGAUGGUGGAGCUGAUGAGGAAACAUUUUGUACAGUACUUUAUAAUGAUGAAAGUCAUACAUUUGAACAGGUAAUACAAACUCUAAUCAAGAUCUGCAAGUGCAAUCAAAGAGACGCCAUGGAAUUCGUAACGAGCAUUGAUCGCGAGGGUCGUGCUGUAGUAAAAGUGGAUUCAUUUGAAACUUGUGUAGCACUCAAGGAGGCAAUUGAAAAACAGCCGAUGCGCCAUUCAACGAGUGUUAGUAAGUCACCUCUCCGAGUUUCGGUGUUAAGCAUCCGCGCAGUAUCGUGUCAACAGUUCGCUUUGCAACUAUUGACAUGGUUCCAAGAGUUCCUCACACUCCACGUAACGUUUCGUGAGAUUUUCGCCACAGCCGUGAGUGACAAACUUUGCCCCCAAUAUAACAUAGGACAUAUUUUAGAGUACGACUGGAAACUCUGGAAAAGCCGUAGUUGUUGGCAUCGUUUGUUUAUUUCCAGUAUGCUCAUGGAGUAUGAAAACAAGAAGAUAUUGGCCAUCGAAUUUUCCAGACAUUAUGCCACAAUCAUUCAAGACUUUAUACGUGAUGAUCAUGAUCACUCGAUCUCAAUAGUGUCGUUGAGUGUACAGUUGUUUACAGCCCCAACAAUCGCUCACUAUCUCAUCGCUAAUGAGGGAAUCUUCUACAAAUUGAUGCACACAUUUUACUGCGAAUCUAUAUCGAAAUAUGUGCAGAACAAGACCCUCCAAUUCGCAAAAAAUACAGCGAACUUGAACGUAUUCAAGAGAGCGGCAUAUAUUUUAUAUGAUCUUCGUUACAUUUUGAGCUUUAAACCCGACUGUUGGGUACCAGAGCUGCGGUACGGUUUCAUAGAGGGAGUGAAAGUUUUAUUGAGACUUUUGAACGUCAUGCAAGGAAUGGAUGCAGUUCAGCGUCAAACUGGGCAGCAUAUGGAUUACGAACCGGAAUGGGAGUCUGCAUUCAACUUGCACAUAAAAUUGGCACUGGGAAUAUCACUCGUUCUGGAUUGGUGUUCUGUCGAUCGAGAAUGCCUAAUGAAAGUGUAUCAGCUUGUCAUGAGCAUCCUAAUGGAAAACGAGUUUAUUGUUAAGAAUACAGUAAUCGAGGAGAAGACGUUGGCGGGUCAUGUUGCUUCCUGCAUUAUGUAUGAUGUUGCAUCAAAACCUGUUUCAAUACAUUUGCCAUUAACCCGCUUCUUUGCUGGAAUUUACUUGCAUUUGGGAAAGUUUGGAUUGAACUUUGACAACGCUACAACGAUCCAGAAACGGACGCCCGAAGAGAUUAUUGAGCCUGUGCUUUGCACCCAAACUAUGAUAGCCCAAGUUCAUGCUGGAAUGUGGCGUCGCAACGGAUAUUCACUGUUGCAUCAAUUAUACUUUUACAGAAAUGCCCGAUGAUCAGAAAUGCUUGACCGCGAUAUUGCAGCUCUCCAGAUAGGAGCUGCGUUGAUUGAAAGCAAUCAGUAUUUGAUUCACAUACUCAAUAAAUUUGCCCUUCUCGAGUGGGCUGAUCCCGGCUACGAAUCAGUCUGCAGAAACUAUACAGACGACGAAUACAUGCGGCAGUUAAAUAUGAUCGAUGAAUUCUUGGAAUUGCUUAUUGUUAUUAUCGGUGAACGCUACGUACCUGGAAUUGGUGAUGUUACCGAAGAUGAUCGUAUUAAGAAAGAAAUUAUUCAGUUGCUUUGCAUUAAAAACUUUUCGCAUUCGGAACUGAAUCGUUGUUUCCCAGAUUCAAAUAGAAAUGGCUUGGAGGACGUUAUUGAAUCAGUUGCCACAUUCAAAAAGCCACAACAAAGCAAUGCCAAGGGCGUUUACGAGCUUAAAAAUGAAUUCUUCGAUGAUUACAAUAUGUACUUUUAUCACUACACCAAAGAGGACAAAUCGAAGUCGGAGGAGAAUCAACGCUUACGGCGUAAAAAUAAAAAUCAGCUAGUUUGCUGCCCGCCACCAAAACUGCCAAAAUUAGCAGAAGGAUUUGUUUCCAUUGCAAACCUUCUUCAAUGCGAUGUCAUGCUGUCGCUGAUGCAUACAAUCCUAAGUCGGGCUUUAGAUUUAAAUGCAAAGAGCUUCACGGAAAGUCAUUUACAAAAGACUUUACAUCUUAUUGGCUAUGGAUUACAAGAGGAAGAAUCAAGUCACUAUCCAUUUUUAACGUUCUAUGAAAGAGCCGUCGAGCAAGGUAUAUUGAGCCUUUUGGAAAAAUUGACUCACAGUCCCAGGGUCGAAGCUCACCGCGACUUCAUUUGGACUGUUAAGAAAUUUAAAGAACUCCAACCAAAAGUAAGCGAAAAUGAAAUGGAAACUGACCGACCAAAUGAGCCGAUGACAACAGCUGAGGCGGAACGUCGCGAAAAGGAAAAACGUGCUCGCUUGGCUGCGGAGCGACGUGCGAAAUCAUGGCGCAAAUGGCAAAUGCACAGGAAUAAUUUCAUGAAAUCAAAUGCAGAACUGUUUCGCAGCACUAGCACAUCGUACGCUUCCAAUGAUACAAUGGAAUGGCAAGAGCCAGCCGAUGGGGAGGAGAAUAAAUCAUUCAUCGUCUGUGUAGGUCCCAAAAGAAAAAUUUAUCAGCCCGAAGAGCAGAUUCAAUGUAUCCUUUGCUUUGAGGAUUGCGUAGUUAGCAAGGAUGGACCAUGUUUAGUUUACUCUGCCUUCAUUCAGAAGUCGAAGGUUUUGAUUACGAAUGCAGACAACAGUAUCCCACCUUCUCCCCAUGUCGGUACUUGUGGCCAUGUUAUGCAUGCAUCUUGCUGGAAGGAGUAUUUCGAAAAUGAAAUUCAGAAGGAGAACCGUCGUCCAAAUCGGAAUCGAUCGCCCAAUAAUUAUCUGAUUGACAAAAAAGAGUUUCUUUGUCCAUAUUGCAGAUUGCUAAGCAACGGCGUGAUACCCGUAUCUCCACCGCUCUGCAAGUAUACGCCGACGGUGACAAGUGAUGAAUGUCCAGAAAAGCCCGACGUGAUUACCUUUGAUACCUGGGUCUCCAUCAUGCAAGACUAUUUGGAAGAUUUGUACGUAGUGGAGCGCAACAUUGAUAUACAGGACGGCAAGACAAAAUAUCCCGAAGCUGGCGAACAUUGCCGAGAAAUACAUGGAAAUUGAAAAUUUCUUGAAAAUUACUCAGCCAAGCACUCGCGUCGAUAUUUCAAAAAGAUGUGGUCACAUUUUGCUGAAAUUUUUAUGGACAGCGUACAACGUGUUUGCCCAUACGAACACACAGCGGAGGAGUGCGAACCGUUCCUAGUCGCAUGGAGUUCUUGUGCGUAUACCAUUCAAUCCUUGGAGAUGCUUUACGAGCCUGUUGACAAACCACUGAAAGGAGAAAUGUCGAUUCGACACAAAAGUUGCUUGUCAGGACUAAUUCGGGUUUGUAGCUUACUCGGAGCCUGCAUAUCCAGGUUCGUUGGUGGUAAACUAAUGAUACACUUACGAGGAAUCCUGGAAACGGUCUUCAAACACAAAGGGUCAUCUGUAGUGGAAUGGGACGUUUUUUCACAUGCUGAUCGUUCGCCCUUUCAGUUUGAACACGUCAAACAAGAAUGUAAAACUUUCCUGCGUUGCUCCUGCCCUUUCCAUUUCAUGACCGAUGUUGAAUUCCCUGAUCAGUUCUGUGAUCCUUUUGGUGAUACUUUCGAAACAAUGUGCAAAUACUUAGGGUUAACUCCAGAAAUCGAAGUAUACUUCGAUUCGGAAAACGUCUACUUAAAGACCUUGGAGUCAUUUGGUUCACAUCCAAACAUUCAGCAAUGUGGAAACGCUAGCAAACGCCUCGAAAUUGUCCCCUGCGUGGCUCCUGUGCGGCAACUCGUCCAUCUGCCCGACGACUACAGCGAUCUGAUUAACUUUGUGUCCGACUUCACAUGUCCAAGCAGUCCUAAAGAGGAGUCGAGAAAUCCAACGAUGUGUCUAGUUUGCGGGGCGAUGCUCUGCUCGCAAUCGUAUUGCUGCCAGCCAGAAUUGGAACGCAACGGAACCGUCGGUGCUUGCACACACCACGCCCACUACUGUGGCGCCGGGAUUGGAAUGUUUUUGAGGAUCCGCGAUUGUGAGAUAUUGUUGUUAGGAAUCGGGAAGGGUUGCUUCGUUUCACCGCCCUAUCUGGACGAGUACGGCGAGACUGAUCAGGGGCUCCGUCGCGGUAACCCUCUGCGCCUGUGCCACGAACGAUACAGCAAAUUACAUUUGUGUAGGUUGGGACACGGCUUGCACGAGGAAAUCGCUAGACUAACCGAAAACACUAAUUCUGUGAUAGCAACACAAUGGCAACAUAUUUAGUCUGAAUUUUUAUUUGUUUUUCAAGUGAAGCACACUAACCACGCUCUUUAUCCGUUGUCCCGAUUUAGUGUGAAAUAUAAAAAUUUAGAUAUAAACUUCUAGAAGAUGCUCUCAUCAUCGAAUACAUGCGAAUAGAUAUCUAAUUUAAUUGAUAUAUAUAUAGUAAUCGUAGUUUGUUUCUUUGGUAGUAGUUAGGCUGUUUUUACAUUUGUUACUUUGAAUUCUUGAUUGUCCGCCUAUUUGGUUCCGAUUCCCUGAAAUACCGUUACACUCUACUUAGAAAAGGAAAUGUAUAAUUUGCUUUUUGUAAGAGUCUUUGAAAUGCAAACCCCAUUCUUUGUAAAAUAUUGUGUUCUUUCGGUUUGUAGAAUUUCGCCUUUGUUUGUUGUAGUUUGAAUUCGACAUGGAGUUGUUUGCCCCGUUCUGUCUCAUAUUUCGUAUUUAGUUUGUGAAAUUCAAUUUGUACAUAUUCCUAAAAAAUACCUACUGUGAAAGGUUCUCGACAUCCAUCCGGAAAAUUGAUCGUUCGACGCAGACCACUCAAUUGACAAGUUCAAUAGCCAGGAAGCGGCUAGAGUUUGAUUAUAAAAUGAAUAUUUGAAUUUAUGUGCGAAUAUAUGAAACAAUAUUAUGUUAAACAGGAAAAAUAGAGUAAAUUUAAUCUAACCAAGAAGUAUGAUGUUUCAGUAGUUAUUUCUUAAAGAAUGUAUAAAUCUAUUGCAGCUAACAACAAACGUUUGCGACAAGUGAGGCGAAAUUGAUUGCUCUUAGUGAUAAGCCGAAACUGAUAUAAAUUGAUUACAUUAUGGAGAUAUAUAUAUUAAGCAUAUAAUUUAAACUAAGUGGAAAAUAUUAAAUAAUUAACUGAAACUAUGAAAA